CGUCAGAACCAACCAGGCGAGCUAGACAGUGUAUCAGGUCCGUCAGCAGCUUGUACCCCCUUGAACAUCCCCUACUGUCCACAGUUGCCAUGGCCCUAGAGCUGGAGGAGAACGUGCCCACAACAGAGGAGGAGGAUGAGGACGGAGAAGCCGUCUCCAGCAAACGACCCUCCAGAAAGGCUAAAGGGGCUGCGGGGGGCAAAAAAAAGAGCAAGAAGAGCCAGCCGGGCCGGUACAGCCAGCUCGUCAUAGACACCAUCCGCAACCUGGGCGAGAAGAACGGCUCCUCCCUGGCCAAGAUCUACAGCGAAGCCAAGAAGGUGUCCUGGUUCGACCAGCAGAACGGCCGCACUUACCUCAAGUACUCUAUCAAGGCGCUGGUGCAGAACGACACCCUCCUGCAGGUCAAGGGCGUGGGGGCCAACGGCUCGUUCCGCCUUAACAAGAAGAAGCUGGAGGGGGCUCCCGCGGAGAAGAAACCUCCCGUGACCAAACCGGCGACUAAAAAGGCGACCAGCACCCCCAAAAAGAGCCACAAGAAAGCCAAGCCAGCCAAGGAGAAGCCCAAGAAGAGCGCCCCCAAACCCCUGGCCAAGAGCCACAAGAAGAAGGCGGGGGGCAGCAAGAAGGUGAAGAAAAGUGCCAAGCCCAGCGUGCCCAAGGUGCCCAAAGCCAGGAAGGCGUGAGGCUCCCGUGGGUAACCCCACUACAGACUGACGCUGCUCCUUUGGGGGUAGCACAAGGGACGGGGCAUUAUAGCUGCGCGCCCCCUCCCGCACCAAGCACUGAGCAGCUAGAAACAAUGUAUCCUAUUCUACCCAUCAGGGGCCACCACUGGUGUCCGCGGUUACCUUGUAAUGCGUCACUGGUGCGCGGAGCUGAUUGGGGCGGACCCUUCCGCAGUGGUAACUUGUACAGGGGACCUGUGUGUCCCGGUGUGUUGUUGUGUCGCACAUUAAUGUGACGUGUGAGUGAAGCGUGGAUCGCUUAAUGCCUUUUGUUAUGUUUGUUUUAUUUUCUAUGCUUAAUAAACCGUGACUUACUGCA